CAGUAAUAUUGUUGACUUGGAGAAAUAGAAACGUAAUCGAUAUUCGUGGGGAUCACGAAGGGUUGCACUAGCGACGUGCUACUGGAAUUGGAAGUUAUGUUAUAUAUAAGGACCCAUGUUAUGUGCAAGCAUAAGUCAAUGAACAUAUUCCAUUAAUUGCAUUCAUUAAUUUAUCCACAAUCUUAACGAUGACUGCAAUUCAUCAAUAUUGUAGCUUGUUGGUUACAAUUACAAUUCAAUUGAUAAUCACAAUCAUCGUUAAGCCAACAUUAGUAGCGGGUAGAUUUCAACCCAGUCAAUGGACUCUUGCUCAUGCCACAUUUUAUGGUGAUGAGACUGCUUCUGCCACCAUGGGUGGAGCGUGUGGGUACGGAAAUUUGUUCGUGAACGGUUAUGGGACAGAUACAGCAGCAUUGAGUUCAACAUUGUUCAAUAAUGGGUAUGCGUGUGGGACUUGUUAUCAAAUAAAAUGCGUGCAAUCUAGUGCAUGUAACAAUGUUCCUUACACUACUGUCACUGCCACCAAUCUUUGCCCUCCUAAUUGGUCUGAGGCUUCUGAUAAUGGUGGAUGGUGCAACCCACCACGUUCACAUUUUGAUAUGUCUAAGCCCGCUUUCAUGAAAAUUGCACAGUGGAAGGCUGGUAUCGUCCCUAUUAUGUACCGCAGAGUACCUUGCGCAAGGAGUGCAGGGCUUAGAUUCUCUUUCCAAGGAAAUAGAUAUUGGCUAUUGGUAUACGUGAUGAAUGUGGGGGGUGGAGGAGAUAUUGCUAAUAUGUGGGUGAAAGGAAGCAGAACAGGGUGGAUUAGCAUGAGUCACAAUUGGGGGGCUUCUUACCAAGCAUUUGCAACACUUAGGGGCCAAACUCUUUCUUUCAAGAUUACUUCCUACACCACCAAAGAAACUAUAGUAGCAUGGAAUGUUGCUCCUUCCAAUUGGGGUGCUGGAUUAACCUAUUCAACCCAUGCCAAUUUCCUUUAAAGUAAUGUGUAACAUGUCACCAUCACACUCAUCCUUUUUCAUUUACUUGUUUAAACACCACGGUUAUUUUCACCUGUAUGUGAUUAAUUUUCCACAAAACUAGUAGUAAAUGGCCUUUUCAAGAGACUAUUUGUUAGUUUUGCAUAGCUGAAAUGAACACAAUAUAAUGAAGAGAGAAAUUGCUAUGCUUAGACUUUGUAAUUUUUUUUUACACACAUAUGCUCUUUAUAAACCAUUUUAAAUUUCUA